AGGCUCCCUAACCUUGCCCCCGUACGUCCCUCCACCUCCACCUCCACCCGCUCUCUCUCUUCCACCUUCUGUGAAUCCAUUUCUAUUUCAAACCCUUCCUUCAAGAACCCUUUUCGAGAGGUUUAGAAGGUUCCUACAUCCCAUUUCUUCCCAAAGAUCGCAUCAGAUGGCUGGCCAGAGCUUACAAAGAUAGUUCUGGCUUCAAAAAUGUCAGCUUUCCAUCUGUUUUCCUCGAAAAACUCAUUUUUUUUAUCUUAAUUUAUUGGGUUUUAUCCAUAGAUUCUGAUUUCUUCGGCAAACAAUAAAGCCAGUUUGUAUCAAAAUUUGAUAUUUCUUUUUCAACAACGGCGAUCUUGGAAUUGAAGGCUCCGAUCAAGCUCUCUGUUUCCGUUGGAAGCCUCCGAAAUGUGAGACUUUUAGCAACCAAGGAGAAAGAGUGCAACAGCUGUAAAAGAACCCCUUGUCUCCCUUCUUCUGAGCUCUUUCCACUGUUUCAAGCUAUGGAAAGCGUCAGCUCGGCCUUCUUCUCCAUCCUAUUGAUUCUCCUGUAUGCUUCCCCUUCUUCCAUGGCGGCGACCGACGAAGCCUCCGCCUUGAUCUCCUUCAAGUUUUCGUCUGUCAAGCUCGACCCCAGAGGUUUCUUGAAGAACUGGGCUACAAACAGCAGCUCCAACAAUCCGAAUUCGGACGCCCCGUGCUCGUGGACCGGAGUGAUUUGCUCGCCGGCCGAUGGGCGGGUGCGAGGCCUGAACCUGAGCAACAUGGGCCUAAGUGGCCGGGUUAGCAUUGAUGCGCUCAUGGCGUUGCCGGACCUUCGCAACGUUGAUCUCCAUGGGAAUCUGUUCCAUGGCAAUCUCUCUUACAGCGGAAGAGCUUCCUCUCUCCCCUGCAGCUUCGAGACCGUGGACUUGUCGUCGAACAGCUUCAACGAAACCAUUCCAGGGGACUUCCUGACCUCCUGCCGGCGCUUGGUCUCACUCAACCUAUCAAGGAAUUCCAUCCCCGGUGGCAUUUCUCCCUUUGGGUCUUCGAUCCAGGUGCUUGAUUUGUCCCGUAACCGGAUAGUGGACCAGGGGCUGUUGAAGUACUCGCUUUCGAGGUGCAACAAUCUGAACUAUCUCAAUUUGUCCGACAACAAGCUCACCGGGAAGCUGGGGGGCAUUUCGUCCUGCACUAAUCUCACAGUCCUCGAUCUUUCCUAUAACAUUAUCUCUGGGGAGAUUCCGGCGAACUUCAUAUCGAAGUCGCCAGCUUCACUGAAGCAAUUGGAUCUCUCCUACAACAACCUCUCUGGUGAAUUCUCAAGCUUCAACUUUGGGAGCUGUGGUGGUCUCUCGGUGCUUGACUUGUCCUACAAUGGCCUCCAUGGCAGCGGGCUGCCACCAAGCUUGGCCAAUUGCCGGCAGCUGGAGAGGCUCGAUCUCUCGGGCAAUCAUUUUGCAAAUGAAAUCCCUGCAUUCUGGCAGAAAUUCACCAAUUUGAAGCACCUAUCUCUGGCCAACAAUGGCUUUACAGGUGAAAUCCCACCGGAAUUAGGCCGGACAUGCGGGGCCAUCACCGAGCUCACCCUGUCGGGAAAUCAGCUCACUGGUGGGCUUCCGCCGACCUUUGUCUCCUGCUCUUCGCUCCGGAUACUAGACCUGGCAAAUAACCAGCUCUCCGGUGAUUUCAUCGAGCAGGUCAUCAGCACUCUUCCUUCUCUGAAGCGUCUCCACCUUCCCUUCAACAACAUCAGCGGUCGGGUGCCAUUGCGGGCGCUGACCAACUGUACAUUGCUCGAAGAGGUCGACCUGGGCUCGAACGAGCUCACCGGCGAUAUUGAAAUCCCAUCCGGCUUCUGUUCAUCUCUUCCUUCUCUCCGGAGGAUCCUCCUGCCGAACAAUUUCUUGACAGGAUCCGUGCCGUCGGAGUUGGGCGGGUGUACCCAUCUCCGGACCAUCGACCUUAGCUUCAACUUCUUGAGUGGCCCGAUCCCUUCGGAAAUCUGGUCACUUCCCAAACUCUCCGAUUUGGUCAUGUGGGCUAACAAUCUCUCCGGCGAGAUACCUCAAGACCUCUGCUCAGAAAGUGCUAGCUUGGAGACGUUAAUCCUCAGCUACAACAUCAUCACUGGAAGCAUCCCGUCAUCGUUCGCCAAGUGCUUGAACCUUAUAUGGGUGUCAUUCUCCGGCAAUCGCCUUGUCGGUGGGAUCCCCAGUGGCAUCGGCAACCUCCAGAACCUGGCGAUCCUCCAAUUGGGCAACAACUCGCUCUCCGGAGAGAUACCACCCGAGCUCGGCAGCUGCCGGAAUCUCAUAUGGCUCGACCUCAACAGCAAUGCACUAAGCGGCUCCAUCCCGUCCGCCCUCGCCUCGCAGACGGGGCUCAUAGUCCCUGGCAUCGUCUCGGGGAAACAAUUCGCAUUCUUGAGGAACGAGGGUGGCAACAUUUGCCCGGGCGCCGGCGUGCUGUUCGAGUUCGAGAGCAUCCGGCCCGAGAGGCUCGCAAACUUCCCCUUGGUCCAUUCCUGCCCCUCUACAAGAAUAUACACCGGCACGACGGUCUACUCUUUCGCCAGCAAUGGAAGCAUGAUCUACCUCGACCUCUCCUAUAAUUUACUCUCGGGGACGGUACCGGAGAGCUUGGGAACCAUGGACUACCUCCAAGUCCUGAACUUGGGGCACAACAAGUUGAUGGGGACGAUCCCGGCGAGCUUCGGAGGUUUGAGAAUGAUCGGAGCACUUGAUCUCUCCCACAACGACCUCACCGGCUACAUCCCUGGGGCGCUCGGCACGCUAACGUUCCUCAGUGACUUGGAUGUCUCCAACAACCACCUCACCGGCCCGAUCCCGACAUCGGGCCAGCUCACGACAUUCCCGGCGGCGCGGUACGAGAACAAUUCCGGUCUCUGUGGGGUCCCUCUGCCCCCUUGCGGCGCUACUGCCGAUGACCGCCGUGGCUCCCAUCCACAGAGGCGGGUGUUCGGCGGGAGCAUUCUGAUUGCCGUCUCUCUGUUUCUGCUCAUCCUGGUGUCGCUCUUGCUAGUUUUAUACAAGAUGAAGAGGCACCAGAAGACGGAGGAGCUGGGAGGUGGGUAUGUCGAGAGCCUUCCGACCUCCGGCACCACGAGCUGGAAGCUAUCCAGUGUUCUCGAGCCUCUCAGCAUCAACGUUGCCACCUUCGAGAAGCUCCUCAGGAAGCUAACGUUCGCGCACCUCCUCGAGGCCACCAAUGGCUUCAGUGCCGACAGCUUGAUCGGCUCCGGCGGGUUCGGAGAGGUCUACAAGGCCCAACUCAAGGAUGGGAGUGUCGUCGCAGUCAAGAAGCUGAUCCAUGUCACAAGCCAAGGGGACCGGGAAUUCACUGCCGAAAUGGAGACAAUUGGCAAGAUCAAGCACCGGAACCUUGUGCCUCUGCUGGGCUACUGCAAGGUUGGCGACGAAAGGCUUCUGGUCUACGAGUACAUGAAAUUUGGAAGCUUGGAUAUGGUUCUUCAUGACAAGAGCAAAGGGGAUGGUGUUGAACUAGACUGGGCGGCGAGGAAGAAGAUUGCGAUCGGGUCGGCCAGGGGGCUAGCUUUUCUUCACCACAGCUGCAUUCCCCACAUCAUACACAGAGACAUGAAAUCGAGCAAUGUUCUACUGGAUGAGAAUUUGGAGGCCCGGGUGUCUGAUUUCGGGAUGGCGAGACUGGUGAAUGCUCUGGACACCCACCUCAGUGUGAGCACGCUUGCCGGAACGCCGGGCUACGUGCCUCCUGAGUACUACCAGAGCUUCCGGUGCACCACCAAGGGGGAUGUCUAUAGCUAUGGAGUUGUGCUCUUGGAGCUCCUAUCGGGGAAGAAGCCGAUCGAUCCAUUGGAGUUUGGCGACAACAACCUUGUCGAUUGGGCGAAGAAGAUGGUGAAGGAGAACAGGAGUAAUGAGAUCUUCGACCCUGAAUUGCUGGGGAAAAGGUCCGGGGAGGCGGAGCUAUACCGGUAUCUAAAGAUUGCUUGUGAGUGCUUGGAUGACCGACCGCUCCGGAGGCCGACCAUGAUUCAGGUGAUGGCAAUGUUUAAAGACCUUCAGAUCGACACCGACAGUGAUUUCCUUGAUGGAUUUUCUAUAGGGAGAACCAUCAUUGAUGAAUCAAGAGAGAAAGCACCUUAAAUCUGCAUUGGAAUUCAUAGUGUAGUGUGAUCGCAAAUUUUGUUGCAUCUGGAAUGGUAGGUGUUGGUUGCUGCCAUUUCAAAGGGGUGAAAUUAUUUUUUAGGCAUCUGAUUACAGCAUUAUGAUUACUGUAAAUAGCACAAGAAUGUUUAGGAGAAAGAAAAGGUUGUAGAUUAAAUCAGAGAAGAUCUCUCGUUGUUCAAUGGGAGAGAGGGGUAGGAAGGAAAAGGUGUCUUAGAUUAAUUACUUCACAAUCCCAUGUACAUUUUUCUCUUCUUUAUUUGUGUGUGUGUUAUAUCACAGUUUUCUGUGGCUUUUAUACC